AUGGUGGAUGCCGAGGAGUUCGACGCCCUGUACGCGGCGGCAAUAGAAGACGACAGAGGCGACGAGGGGGGCGGCGGUGAAGAGGACGGGCGGGAGGCGUUUAGGAUUCGGACUCCUCACAGUCUGCCUUCCGGCCGCUCUCAUAUCCGUGUUCAAAUUCAGGCUUCUCCUAGCCCCUAUUAUAAUUACCCACCAAAGACUUCGUCUAUAACAUCUUCAAUUCCUUUACCAAUAGGAGAUCCUGCUGUUAAGUUGAUCGAGUAUGGGGGGAGUCUCCUAAUGAACAAGCAUUGGUCUAUGUUUGUAGUUGUCUAUGGUUUUAUGGUUAUUGAACGAACUACAGGUCACAUAGUUAUUGACAUUCAGGGGGAAAGACAAAGAUGGAUCGGGAGUACACAAGAGAAAAGAUUGAAUGGAGCUGAGAAGGCUCAUUAUACCAUAAGAUAUCCAAUCACUGCAUUAAAGAAAUACAUAACGGAAAACAAAUUGGAAAACGAAGCAGAUUUGAAGGCCACCGAGAACAACAUUGAAGAAAUUGUUGAAGAUUUUGUCGAGUUUGCCGAUAAAAGCCCGGUUCUAGCCCGAAAUAAGCUGCUAGAGAAUGUAUUUUCCGACCCAAGGGGAUUCGGAAUCGGGCCUAAUGGGAAGUACAGAUAUGAGGACCCUAAAUUUACUGAGGGCACUGCUCAGGUGUAA